AUGCAAGCCAGUCUUUUGAUCGGCUUACUCCUCCUCGCUACAAAGGUCUUGGCCGGUGGUUUCGCCGGUGCACUGGACCGUGUGUGGCUGUUCUAUGCCUACCAAAUCGAUGAACUGAACGAACCAGCUCAGCGAACACUUGGGAGAAAAUGCAAAUCUUGGGACCCUUCAACAACUAAAUGCAGACUCAACAAGAAGACUGGGCAAGAAUGUGACCUUCUCAACUUCCUUGGUGGUUGCGGGAAAAAAGAUAUGUUUGCUUCAGACGAACAUGGCACCCUUGAGGAUAUCAACAGCACAGAUCCCGACCCCGAAGAGACUGCGAAGAAGGUGUACGCUCACUUCUUGUCUCAGCCUAAGCCCAAGGUCCCCGAUUGGCCAGGAUACAGGAUGAUCUAUCAAGGUAAUGAGAAUUACAAUGCUAGCAUCGACAAGGUUGGAAAGGUGGUAGAGAAAGCCGCAAAAGCUGGCAAAAACACGGGAGACAACAAAAAAUUGUUUCAGCGCUUCGCUCAAACUACCACCCAGAUCAAAACAGCCAGAGUGGGCGAUCACGGCCCAUAUCUCAUUGAUGCAGCGGAAAAGAGGCUGAAUCCGCUAGGGAUUGAUGUAGUGAAGGAGAGCGUCGGUUCUUUGGGCCACAACCCGGCUGAUCCUUUAAAGGCAUGGCAGACGGUUGACUGGGAACAGACCAUGUCGGGGGCAAUUGCUGGCGGGGAGUACAGCGAGCUGGAAAUUUCAGUGGUUACAGAUCAUGUGAGGGAGGACUUCUAUUCAAAAGAAAAAACAGCUCGCGACCACCGAGUGGUUAUGCAGUCUUUUGAAAUAGCUGAGAACAAGGCCAACGGGUGUAUCUGA